CUCUUUUUAUCUUUUUCUCUCUCUCCUUCCUUUUAUUUAAGUUGGGGGCACUAGUCAUAAAAGCUGUCUAAUUCUUCUUGUUGUUGUUCUUCUUCUUCUCUGUUUGUUCAGUUUCAGAGGUUUUUGAGGGGUUUGGUCCUCUUACUCAGGUCAUUGAAAUUUGUUGAUUGAUUCAAGAAACCUAGUGGUGACCAUCUGAUAUUAUACACACACACACACAUAUAUAGUACAGAUACAAAACUUUGAAUCCUAUGGAAGGUGCUGAAAAGGAAUCUGUGGGUAAGGAGAGUGAUGAUUCUGAAGGCCCUUGUAAUCUCAACAGCCACCACCCAGUUGCUCCUCCUUUUCCUCCUCAAUUUCAAAAGGUUGGAGAUUCGAGCGAAAUAAUUGAAGAACCACCAACCAAACAACACCAGACGAGGCAAAACCUGGCCUUAGAGAUACCCUCAAGAACAGUUGAGGUCACUACUGAGGAUUUUGUUAGAAUAAAUAUGCCCCCAACGCCAAGUCGAACUCCCAAAAGAGUAAAUUUUUCACCAAUCCCGAGCCCAAGUUAUUACAAAUUCAAUGAUUGUCCAAGUCCCUUGAUGUCUUCUAGAGGUAAACCAUCCUUCAAAAGCCUCCUUCCAAAACUAAGCUUCAAAUUCCGGAAUACUACUUCAGAGAUAGAGAAGGCCGCAAUCCUAGCUUUGGGAGAUUCACUAGCAGGGACACGGGGUAAGCCUUUGAUUCGAAGGACACCGUCCCUUACAAAACUUUUCACAUCCAAGAUGAAAAGAACUUCAUCUUUACCUGUUUCCCCAAUUAUACACUCAAAUCCAGAGUCCAUGCACGGAGGGAACACAGUCGAAGCUAAAUAUAGGACUCAGCUACCUAUUCAUCGUUCACGGUCCGUUCCUUCUUUGAUUAAAGAAGGAAGCGUAAGGCAGAUUGAUCCAUUAAGCGGUGUAUUUCGUGUGGUUCCCACUACUCCGCGAGUGGCAGAAGCAAUGCUCACAACAUCGACCACAGCUCCAACAAAUGAUGUUGAUGGAAAUGAUGAUGGUGGUGAAGACAUUCCCGAAGAAGCAGCUGUUUGUAGGAUCUGCUUGGUUGAACUUGGGGAGGGCGGCGACACCCUUAAGAUGGAAUGUAGCUGCAAAGGCGAGCUCGCAUUGGCUCACCAAGAAUGUGCUGUAAAAUGGUUCAGCAUCAAAGGUAACAAGACGUGUGACGUGUGCAAACAAGAGGUUGAGAACCUACCUGUCACCCUUUUACGGAUUCAAAAUGCUCAGUCACAUAACUUGCGAGGAAAUAGAGCUCGGCAAGCUGAAAUUGCUCAAUAUAGAGUUUGGCAGGACGUUCCUGUUCUCGUCAUUGUCAGCAUGCUUGCUUACUUUUGUUUUCUUGAGCAGCUUUUGGUUAUGAAGAUGGGAUCGGGUGCAAUUGCCAUAUCCCUGCCAUUUUCCUGUAUAUUGGGUCUCUUUGCAUCCAUAACUUCAACAACUAUGGUGAGGAGAAAAUUUGCGUGGUUGUAUGCAAUUGUUCAGUUUGGGCUGGUGGUUCUCUUUGCUCACCUUUUCUACACACUGCUUCAUAUGCAGGCAGUUCUCUCGGUUUUUCUUGCCACGCUUAUCGGAUUUGGAGGUGCGAUGAGCGGGAUUUCUAUUCUUCGUGAGUUUUUGAAGUUGUGGAAAAGAUGGCGUGCUUGGCCAAAUCACCAGCAGGGUUCUCAGGAGGUAACACAGUUGCCUGAAUCUGCACAUACACCGCAAACAGAUACUCAGCCUGUAACUUAAACUGGGGACUCAGGAAUCGAGUGCGUCAGCUGAUUUGAAAUUGUUAUGAGAUACAUUCACGCCAUAGUCAGGACCAGAACAAGCUAUAUGUAAAUAGUUAGAUGAAAUAUCGUGUGUGGUUUCUCUCGAGCAACUGUACAGUGAAUACACGGUGAAGCUAUGGUGUCCAAGUUAUCAUGGAGCUUCUUUCCCAGUGAGGAGUUGCUAAUUAUCAAAGAUUUUGCCACAAGGCUAAGCAUUCGGUUGAGUUUUUGUUUUUCUUGCUUUUUACUCUGCUGUAAUAUUGUUGAUGUGCAUAAUCCAUAGUAAGUCAAUUACUUCCAGAUCAUUGAGGUCAGAGAA